AUUUCCCACUAUUUGAAAUUCCCCUAAUUGAAUUUUAGUUUUACUGCACCGACCAUAUAUAUGGUGAACAAAAUAUGUGAAUAAAGGAAAGAGAUAUAGAUCAGGUAUAGUGAGAUUUAGAAAUUUAGAUCACAAUGUAUAUACGAAUGGUUACGAAACGUACUCUAACUAAUCAGAGGCAACAUGCGCAAAAUGAACAAAAGUUCUUUAUAGGACAAAUUCAGUUCAUUGUUGAACAGAGUAUAUUUAUUUUGGACAACAGAAUAGUGAUUUUAACUUUUUUAUCGUGGUUCCCCCUAUGGUUACAAUGUAAUCUAACCUUGAUGAUCUGACGUUUAGAAAUUUGACGGCGGCGUUAUUGUAAAAAUGUAAUGCACUGUGAAUAAUUUAAUUCCUUCAUUUCUUGCAUAUGAAAGGAUAUCACGUUUAAACGGAAUGCGCAAUGUGAUAAUUGGUCUAGGUUUCUUUUGUAAUCAUUUAUUUUUAGCACGAGAAUGUGUUAAGAGACAAAGCUUUCUUCUCGUCAACUAUAUUAUUUUACAAAUAUAUAAACACAGAUAGUACUAAGAUCAAUAAUAAUCUGAAAUAUGAUCGCAGAAAUUGGCACAGAGGGCUUUGAGCCAAUGACAAGUUUUACAGAAGAACGCUUGUUUAAAUUGCAAUGUUUGAUUAAAGCAACAGAAAUACAACACAGUGCUCAAUGUGAUUAUGAAAAGAAAUUAUUUUUAGCUCUUACGACUGGAAAUGCUGAGAUCUUUUUAUAUUAUAAAAGGGAUUCUAUAUCUGCUCCAGUAAUUAAAAGAAUUCCUUGGUUUCAAGGAUCUCAUAAACAAAUCUCAGCUAUAUGUUUUCACUCAGUGGGAUCUUGGUUGCUUUCUGCAAGUGUUGAUGGCUCUAUAUAUAUUAUUCCUGCUUUGUGUUGGGUUGAUGAAAGUUAUGACAAAGAUAGCAGAUGGACUAGUGAUGAUAUAACUUCAUUUCCUUCUAUUAGUUCACAAUCUUCCCAUUCAAAGCCUACAGCCAUAGUAUGGUGGCAGAGCAUGGUAAUACCAGCUGAAAUUGGUAUUAUUGGAACUGAAUAUGGGGAAAUUGUAUUUAUAAAUCUUGAGACUGGUCAUCAAACAAAUGUUACACAAAUUAAGGGGAAUAUUUCAAGUUUGCAUAUUUGUCGCGAUCAAAGUAAUGACAUUGUAUCUCUCCUCAUAACAAGUCAGUCUAGACGACAGUGGAGAUUACUUUUAGAGCAGCGUACAUAUAGUUGCUUGCAACAUUUAGAAAAUGGAGAAUCAUAUAGUGUAUUACAUGCAAAUGACAACAUGUAUGAUAAUACAAAAAUAUUUGCUUCUACUAGAUCCAGGUUGCAGGGACUUAAGCAGUUGUCUGUGGACAAACUUGCUAUAAUUAGACAAAAGUUGAUAGAAGCAAAAAGUCAAGCUUUAGGGGAAUAUCUGCAAUAUCAACAUGAUAUUACAAGUAAUAGGAAUACUCACAAUAUAACUAUUAAUUCUGAUCCAUCUAUAGAAGUAAAUCAAAAUCAGAUAACUCCUGAAGUAAUGUCAAAAGAAGUUUUUUUAAUGUCUCAAUCUGAUAGAGAUGGCCAACAAUUGUAUACAUGUUAUCACUCUGUUACAAAUCAAAUACUGGUAUAUGGACCUAAUUUUACUACUGUUCCUUUAUCGGCACAUAAAGUAUUUGAAUCUUGUAAAAACGUUUUAUUAACUCAACGCUUUUUUUUUAUUACUGACGUUAGUCAGCGCAUAAUGUAUGUAGUAUCAGAUAGAUUAUCUGAAACUCGUAAAAGUGAUAAUGGUAAAUUUAAUCCAGAAUGUAUUGUUGGUUACUUUUCUUUAGCGAAUAGCAAAGAAGUAAUACGUGCCGUGUACAGAGCUAUCGACUUUACUAACAAUGCACCAACAAUACUUUCUGAAGAGAUUAAAAAUAAAUACGCGUUACCAAAGGGAAUAAAUGAUAUUAAAAUUGAAUUACCUCAUGUAGAUACUUGUAUAAUUGUAACAAAUCAUUCUGUGUAUAAAGUUGUUCUAAGAAAACCGAUAUUGUCAAUUUUUAUGGAAUUAGUACUGAAAAACAAUGAACUUGAGAAAGCAGUAAAAUUGGCUAUAGUAUUUGGCAUUAAUGCACAACAGUUACUUGAACAAGCUGGUGACAUACUUUUGAUGAACAAAGAUUUUCCACGAGCAGUAGCUUGUUACAAGUUGUCCAAAUGUAGAAUAAUGAAAAGUAUGUUGAAGUUUGCAUCUGUCGGAUAUACAGCAGAUUUAUUACGUUGCCUCACGCAUUGUUUAGCUUCUCCGGCUAUUAGCGAAUUACCUGUCGCACCAAGAAUACAUCUUUCUAACUUAUGUGUUCUUGCUUUUAUUGAACGAACGCUUAGAAUUUCAUCUCAAAAGUCUAAGGCUAUAUAUAAGGAGUUUUUGUAUUUCUUGUCUACAAAUUCUUUUUACGACGAAUUGUUAGCAGUUAAUAUUGCGGGACAAACGUGUCUUUGGGAAGUGUUGCAUCACCUAGCAACACAAAAGGGUCUUUAUGGACAAAUGUUGGAUAUACUUAUGAAGACAAUACAUUCUUUCAGCACAAGCAAUUUCUAUCCAACACCAUAUGGUUUGUUAAUAUGUAUAAGCGAACCGAAUUUAAUGCAAGCAAUUUUAUUAAAUCCUGAGUUAGCUAGAAGUCAUAUGUCAUAUAUUGUUGAUAAUCUUCAUGACUCUCAAAUUUUUGUACUUCAGAGAUUAGUAACGCUGUACGAUCCAACGAAUCCAGUGAUACGACCUAGGAUAGUGCGAUGUAGAUUACGUCAUAGGACAACUUCACAUAGUUCUCAAUCUAGUCAAUGUGAUUCUAUAGAUCUCUUGGAAAAUGAUGAGGCUGACACAUUGGUAGAAGAAAUUAUAGAAACUUUUUUACUAAUUUUAUUGACUUUGAUUUAUAAAAAAUCUAUUUUACAUCAAGAAUCUUCUCUUACAUGUAACAUUGAAUUACUGAACAUUAAAAAGGAGAGAAAUAAAACUAAUUCUGGUGCUGAUUUCAAAAGAAGGCCAUUAUGUGCUGGAUUUUCUCACGUUGUUCUCAUCAGAAAUGGAAAUGUUUAUACUUGGGGAAGUUCUGUACAAGGAUGUUUAGGAACUGGCCCAUCUGUAUUGAGAUAUGGACCACCACAAGCUAUAUCUUUUUUCAAAAUCAUGGAGGUUGAAGUUCUCAGUGUAUCAUGUGGCCACUGUCACACUUUAGCAGUUACCAACAAUGGUGUUUAUGCAUGGGGAUCAAGUCGGUUCGGUCAGUUGGGUUUGGGCAAAAUUUUACAGUGUUCAACGCCAGAAUUAAUUACUUAUUUGGCUCAAGAAGUCAUUAUUGAUGCCGUGGCUGGUCAGUACCAUUCUGUUGCAUUGACUGCGGAUGGCAGAGUUUUUACAUGGGGUUGGGGAGUUCAUGGCCAACUGGGCCACGGUAAUACCGAUAAAAAGAUCGUUCCCACAUUAAUUACAUCUUUACUUGGUACGGUCAUACGUUACAUUAGCGCUGGUCAUGCGCAUACAUUAGCUCUUUCUACAGAGGGUAUUGUGUAUGCAUUUGGUUGCAAUAUUUUUGGGCAACUGGGUGUAGGAAGUAAUGUUAAAAGUUCAGUGCCAAUAAAAGUCUUGUUACCAGAGAAAAUUUUUCUUAUUACAACUGGAUAUUUUCACAACCUUGCCGUUAGUUACACAAAUAAGUUAUACGUGUGGGGAGCAAGUCCUCAAGUUCUUCGAUUGCAAGCACAAACGCAAAAGAGAGCUCGAAUAUUAGAACAACGCGACAAUAUUAUAAAGCAGUUUGAAAAUAUCGACGAGUUUGAAAAAGUUCCGGAUCAAGCGUGUACAAAUGAUACGAGCGAAGAGGUUUCAGAAAGUAAUGCACAAAAUAAAAAUGCACAAGUAAAACAGACAGAAAGUAGUUACUCAGAUUCACGAAAAAAGCAAUUGGAUAAUGUGUGCCUGAAGAAUGUAAAUGUUGGUUCAAUUGAAGAAGCUCAAACACAUUUGAAACCGACAGUAGUGGAUACAAGUUUAGUGAGAGGGGAUAUCAUACAGAUAUCAGCUGGGUGUCAUCAUAACGCUCUCGUAACGAAAGACGGAUCUCUUUACACAUGGGGUCGAAACUUAGAUGGUCAAAUAGGUAAUGGUAGCAGAAGGGAAGUACCAAUCCCCACUCCGUUGUGUUACAAUCCUGCUUCAAUCUUUGCACAAGUACCUCCAAGACACAAUUCACACAGACGAGAUGAAGAACAAGAAUUGGAUGGUGGAAUGAAAAAUUCUGGGAACAGUGAAAAAAAUGGAAACGGAAAUGAUGAAGCUAAGUCGUCUCCAGCAGAAAGCAGUGAAUCAAGGGAAAAAAUAAAUCCUAUCAUUAAAACUGUUGGUAUCUAUUGUGGAUACGAUUACACGGUUGCUGUUCAACCAGGAGGUACAGUUUUAGCUUGGGGUAAUAACAGUAGAGCACAAUUAGGCCGCCUUCCUGCAAAAGAUACACGCGACACCGACGAUAAACUCGUAUUGAUUAAAAAGCGAGUUGUACGACUACCCCAUACUUCGCAUAUAGCCAUGGAGGUGCCUAGCCAAGUUCCUAACAUUCCCGCUCCUAUUAUUUCUUAUCAGAGUUACGACAUACCUCCUCUAGCGGGUGUUAUUAACCCCUUAAGCGUUAUAGAAAGGUCAUCGGGAGAAUUGACACUGCACUAUGCGCUCGAAUAUUUCUCUGGUUUAUAUGAUUCUUCAAAAAUCAUAGAUAAGUGCGUUGAACUGGGUAAUUAUCAAGCUUGCUCAAAAAUAGCUUUGUUGCAACAUAAUAUUUCUGAGGCAUUUUCAUAUCAGCUAAAAAUUUUGCAUCUAAUGAGUCUUCACUCUUGCUCAAAAACAAAGUCUGAACAUUCACGUGAAAAGGCAGAACGCAAAACAGCGGAGGAGACUGAAUUAAAAACAAAAUCUUUAACUCGUAAUGUUAAAAAGAACACAGAAUUGUUUAACAAACAAGUGGAAAAGAAUUUAAUCGAUUCCGUUGAAGAUUGUGCUGCUAGGAACAAAAUGAAAAUUCCGGCAAGCAAAUCACUGAACAGUUUACAAUUGCUUCAACAAGAAUUGUACACGUUUGAUUGUCAAGGCGGUUUAGAGGAGUUAUGCAAAGACGCGAAAUGUGAAAACGCGCCUUCAGAAAUUUUCGAAAACUCUUUCGAUUCUGAUGUCAGUUCUGACUCGGACGAAUGGGUGGAGAAUCUCGUUUUUAAAGAUAAUAAGUUACAGAUGCAAGAAAAAGAAAGUAGGUCCAUUGAGGACAAUUUCGCAUCUUCUACUGCUAUGAGUGAAGCAACUGAACAAAAUCAAUUGUGCAAAAGCAGUGAAAGAAAGAUUUCGUCUUCUCGGCAAAACAACGUUAUCAAUGAAGCCAUAAAAGUGAUUAAAUUUUUCUUGAAUGAAAUGGAAAACGAACCAGAUACAACCAAAUGUAAAAUGUUGCAAGAUGCUCUUAAUUUCUGGGUCGAACAUGAGUUACCCGUACAAAGUAUAGAAAAUUUAUUUUUGGAGCAUAUUGAAUCAAUUUUUUACCCCCUUGGAUUAUUAUUAUUCUGUCAAGAGAUAAUGGAUAAAUAUUUAGAUACAAAUAAGAACGACGUAGAAGUCAAGAACUUCAACCUGAUAAACUUGUUUUCUGUUAAUUUUUGUCUUCAAGUGUGUUCCAUGUUAUUAAAUCAUAUUGAUCGAGAUGAACCGGCACCUGAAUUUAUCAAGUUGUUAUCUUCCUUGGCUGCUGACCAUUAUGGACCACCGCUCACUGGUUAUCCGGGCUCGAGCGGAAAUAAUACUUCAAAACAAAUGAUAGAAGGGGUUAUAAGUACUUUGUCUUCUGAUACUCAUGAUUCAAGGUCAUUUGUACAUAUUAAGGAUCCAGACGCAGUGUACAGAUUUCUCGCUACUGAAGAAGACUCAAUGAUAUUCACAUGUGGACAUCAUUUUCCAUUGUCUGCCUAUAAGACGGAAGUGAUUUCGACGAUGGAAACCGAGUUAUUAACAUCUGAAUCACUAGUUCUUCCAUGUACAGCCCAGUACUUAGGAAAAAUGUUGCUGCAAACGUCUAAACCAGAAAUAUUAUGUCCAUCGUGUAUACCACGAGCGUUGGAAACGUUGGUGAGAAAGAAUAAUGGAUGAGAAGUAUGUACCUGAGAUUUUAUUUAAAAGAAACUGGUAUACAAUUUUUUCUUAGGCUCUUAAACAACUCAGAUUAUAUAUACGUAAAGUGAACUUCGAAAUUAAUUUUAAUAGAUUGAAAUAUUGAAAAUACCGGAAUCUAGUUAGAUGAUAACUAAAUAUGAAUUAAUGUGAUGUAAUACUUAACUCGAUAAAAUACUUGCCGCCGCAAUUCGAACGUUUAUUCAGCAAACAUCACAAGAUAUUGUAAAUGAUUAAAGCUCUCUAUAUAUUUCAAACCAUAUUUUUUAAAUUAUCUACAUAUAUACAGGUAAAUAUUCAUAGACACAAAAGUUUAUUAAACAUAUUACUAAAUAUAAAUAAACUAUAGUGCACUAAUUUUUAUAUUACUUAAAGACUUUUGUCUGAUUAAAUAUCAUAAUUGUUUUAUUACGCACAUUGAAAUUGAUCGUAUUUUACUGGAAACGGAUGUUAUGUGUUCAUAAAUUGUUAGUACUAAAAGGUACUGUUAAGAUAAAAAGAGGAGCAAGGUUAUGCAUUGGUAUUUUCUUUGUGCAUCUUUUAAAUUUAUGCGUAUCAUGAAAUUAGGACAAAUUUAACAAAAUGUGUGACUUAUAAUUAGUAUACAGUAUAAUAAAUUUAAAGGUAAUUAGCGUUAUUAUUACAAAAAAAUACAACGAUAAAAACAAAAAAUAACGAAGUAACUGUUCUCUUUCGUAUAUUUCUUUUCGAAGCAAUUAGUAGAUUGUAAUAAUUAGAAUCUUGACUGUUAUUCGUAGAAGGAUCACUUCAUAUUUCAGUUUUUAAGUCUUAUUAGAAUACAAAUUUUUAAUUGAACAAGAAUAAAAAGUUUGGAUUAUAGCAUAAACAUGGCUAUAAGAAACACAAGUUACUCAAGUGUGAGGUUUAUAAAUACUAGUUACUGUGAAAUAUAACAUACAAUUGUACAGUAGUUGUUAUAUUAGAAUUGUAAAAUAACAAAAAGCUAGAGAAUGAAUGCAAUUAUUAUCCGUGCAAUUAUCUAAAAUUGGUGCAAAGUACUAAGGACUGACAAAAAGUACAUUCAUCUAGUCUUCAAAGUAUAUGCCAGAAUUAUAUAUUAAUUAAUCUUAUUAGAGAUUUGAACGAAUGUUUCAUUAAUACAAAUAUGUUUUAAGUGAUCUUUUUAUUUGCGAAAUUACAUUUAAUUUUAAUGACAUAAGUGUAAGAAUAUAGUAGACAAAUAGAAUUGUAUAUGUGUAUAGAACACAAAUUUAUAAAGUAUACAAGAUUUUUGGUUACAAAUGGAGUAAGUUCGUAGACAUAUUUUAUUGUCUUUUAAUAGUAGAACUGCAUGAAAGUAAAAAAUAAUAAAAAUGUAGUGUACGUGUCAGAGAUCUUCUCUAUUAUGAUUUCAGUAACCAAAUUGGAAGGUUUUAGAAAUUAAUCAAUGCAAAUCCUAGAAUUAAAUCAUGUAAAAUGUUUAACUACGUUUUUAAAAUUGUAUUAAUCUUAUAAGUUAAAUGAAGGUAUUCUUAUUUUUAAAUUAUUACUACUCAACAUUUUAUCAACUUAUUGUUAGUAAACAUAAUGUAACAAAUUUAAUGGAUUCACGUUAGCUAUUUCAGUUGGUCAGUAUUUAAUUUGUAUAUUACAUAAUUAAAUUUCUAGAAGAUGUGAAAGUUCAAAACAGAAAACAGUUGUUCGAGAAGAUGCAAUAUUUUGAAUGAAGAUCGCGUUGAGUAAAGUCUAAAUCCUUCUGUUUUACGACGAAACGCGUUUGAUACGCGCAAUACAUUUUCCUAUUAGUUAUUUUAAACAAAUUAGACAAUGAAAUAAAUAAUAUAUACAUAUACAUAUAUUAUAUUUUCGACGUACAUGACAGUCUUCUGUGACUUGUUUCUCGAUACUUAAUAUACGGGUAUGAUAUAUGAAUUUGUUUUAAGGGUGAAAUGUAUCAUCUUUCGACAUAUACAUAUAACCUGCGUUAUAAUUUAAAAUAUAACACCCAUCGAUUGAAAUCCGAUGUUCCAUUAAAUUUCAAUAAAUUUAUUUAAUUAUACGAACCACAACCUGUAACAUAUAUGUAACCGAAUGUACAGUUUUAAAUGUCUUUCAUCGAUAGUACUUAGACAAUUAAAAUAUUGGAUCAAUAAAAAUGAUUAGUAGAACGAUUUAGUGCAUUUUAUUUUAGGUUAUUAACUUAAAUUUAUAAAAUUUCUAUCACUGUUUUUCAUCUGUUGGUGAUAGGGAUGAAAAAAGAAAUGCAAAGAAUGUUUUUUUUUAGAAACUUUAUUUAAAAAAUUUUAAUCAAAAAAUAUCUACAUAUGUUCCUGCCAUAAUCGUUUCGUAGUUCCCGCCAUAAGUAUGGUGGCCAUAAAAAGAGUCAUUGCAAGUGGCGCCCAUUGAAGUAAAUAUUU